GCUGGGUCUGCUUCAAAGCCUUUCCCACACCCUUCUUGGGUUUCAGGCUGUGAAAAAACUGGUGACCCUCACCAACCUAAGGAAACCCCCCCAUGUUGGGAGGGAAUCCCCGCGGGCUCACCCCUGGUGCUGAGAAAUGGAGAUGCUCAGCUCCAUCUCAGCAGCCGAAGACCCAACCCCCCCCCCCCCCAACCCCAAAAUGAUGGGGUGGGGAUGCACCAGCCGGGGGGGGGUCUUGAUCUGCCCAGCCCCCCAGCCUGGGGACCAGGGUGGCCUGGGGGAAGCUCCCACCCCGCAGCCCAGUGCCGCACGCAAAGCUUUCGACAUUCCCAGCAGCUUCCACAAGAUGGACCUCGGAGCGAGAGGAGGUGCCGGGCAGGAGGGGGGGCCUGUCCCAUCCCAUCCCUUCCCAUCCCAUCCCAUUUUGUUCUAUCCCUCUUGCUCCCACCGUGCCAGCCGGAGGAGCCUCAGCGUCCUGCGAGGCGAGCCCCGGCAUGGCACAACCUGGGGGGGCUCUGCCUGCUGGCCCUGCUGGGGCUGGGCUUUGGGGCGGGGGGCUCUCCAGCCUGCCACGACCCCCGGGGCCAGCCCCGUCGCUGCAUGCCUGUUUUUGAGAACGCCGCCUUCGGCCGUGCCGCCCGGGCCACCAACACGUGCGGCUCGCCCCCCGAGGACUACUGCCUGCAGAUGGGCGCCCGCGACGCCAGCCAGCUGUGCCAGCGCUGCGACGCCUCCGACCCCCGGCUGCACCACAACGCCUCCCUCCUCACCGACUUCCACAGCCAGGAGGAGAGCACCUGGUGGCAGAGCCAGUCCAUGGCCUUCGGCAUCCAGCACCCCAACUCCGUCAACAUCACGCUCCACCUGGGCAAGGCUUACGAGAUCACCUACGUGCGGCUCAAGUUCCACACCAGCCGCCCCGAGAGCUUCGCCAUCUACAAGCGCGGCCGCGCCGACGGGCCCUGGGUGCCCUUCCAGUACUACAGCGCGUCCUGCCACAAGACCUACGGCAAGCAGCCCAGGCACUACCUGAGGCCGGGGGAGGACGAGCAGGUGGCCUUCUGCACCGACGAAUUCAGCGACAUCUCCCCCCUGAGCGGGGGCAACGUGGCCUUCUCCACCCUCGAGGGCCGGCCCAGCGCCUACAAUUUUGACGGGAGCCCCGCGCUGCAGGAGUGGGUGACCGUCACCGACCUGCUCAUCUCCCUGAACCGCCUCAAUACUUUUGGGGACGACAUCUUCAAGGACCCCAAGGUGCUGCAGUCCUACUACUACGCCAUCUCCGACUUCUCCGUGGGCGGCAGGUGCAAAUGCAACGGCCACGCCAGCGAGUGCGUGCCGGACGAGACGGGACGGCUGGCGUGCGUGUGCCAGCACAACACGGCCGGCACCGACUGCGAGCGCUGCCAGCCCUUCUACCAGGACCGGCCCUGGGCUCGUGGCACCGCCGAGGCCGCCAACGAGUGUCUCCCCUGCAACUGCAGCGGCCGCUCGGAGGAGUGCUUCUACGACCCGGAGCUGUACCGCCGCAGCGGGCACGGGGGCCACUGCCGCCACUGCCGCGACAACACGGCCGGGCCCCGCUGCGAGCGCUGCCGGCAGAACCACUACCGCUGGGAGCCUCGGGCCGCCUGCCAGCCCUGCCACUGCCACCCCGCAGGCUCCCUGCAUCCCCAGUGUGACAGCUCGGGGACCUGCGCCUGCAAAGCCAACGUGACGGGCUGGAAGUGCGAGCGCUGCAGGGACGGCUAUCACAGCCUCAGCGAGGGCGGCUGCAGACCCUGCGCCUGUGACCCCGCCGGCAGCGUGGGCACCUGCGACCCCAACACGGGACACUGCACCUGCAAGGAGAGGGUGGAGGGGCACCUGUGCAACAGGUGCCAGCCCGGCUGGUUUAACCUCCAGCCCCACAACCCCGCCGGCUGCACCAGCUGCUUCUGCUACGGCCACUCCGCUGUCUGCACGGCAGCGACCAGCUAUGAGGUGACCCACGUGCGCUCCGACUUCAGCCGAGGUACCGACAGCAUGGCCCCGGGUAAAAAACGGGGGGCACGGCCGCACGGAUGUGGGCCAGGAAAUCUGGGAGGUUUGGAAACCCUGGGGGAAACCAACGUAAUGCAAUUACACCCGCCUUGCUGCGCUUCCUGCGUUCUGCAGCCCACAGUAACUUCUGAACUGUUGCACAGGCAGGGGGGCGAAAGUUUAAAGAUUACAAUUUCCUCCAAAUCUAAGAAAACAAACAGAUGGGGAGGAGACAGCGAGGGCCACCGUGAGAGCACAGGGCCCGAGCGGAGCAGGGUGUUGCAAAGCGCCGGCUCCUUACAAGACCGUGGGGAGGUUCAGGGGCAGGGAUGGAGCCCCCAAAAGCAGCACCCUGGGGUGCUGGGCACACAGGGGGUUCACUACACUCCUUUACCCCUGCACCAUCACUGUGCUCUUCCCGCAGGGCUGGAGGGCUGGGCUGCAGCAGCAGUGGGUGCCGCGGCCGUGUCCCUGCGCUGGGCUGAUGGGGAGAUCAGCACCGAGAGGGAUGGAGAGGAGCCGCUGGAUUUUCUUGCACCAGAGAAGUUUCUGCAGAACCAGCAUCUCAGUUAUGGGCAGCCCCUGACCCUGCUGCUGGGAGCAGAGGGGAACGGGACCGGGACAGAGAGCAGGGCGCCCCUGCUCCACGUCCAGCUGGUGCUGGAGGGUGAGGGGAUGGAGGUCACCAUGUCCAGCAGCGAGAGCCAGUCACGGGAUGGAAAGCAGGCUGUCACCUUCAGGCUGCACGAGGCCGAGGAGGGCACGCAGCCUUCGCUGUCAGCCUUCAGCUUCCAGCGCCUGCUCUCCAACCUGAGCGCCCUCCGCCUCCGCGUGAGCCCCGGGCCAGGCAGGCUGGUGCUGAGCGAGGUCCGGCUCACGUCGGCUCGCCCCGGGCCGGGUGUGCAGGCGGGCUGGGUGGAGGAGUGCGCGUGUCCCCCGGGAUACACCGGGCAGUUCUGCCAGUCCUGCGCUCCCGGCUUCAAGCGGGACGUCCCCUUCGGUGGCCCCUUCGUCGCCUGCGUGCCCUGCGCCUGCAACCAGCAUGGGGACUGCGAGCCCCACUCAGGGCAGUGCCGGUGCUUGCACAACACGGAAGGACCCUCCUGCGAGCGCUGCAGCCCCGGGUUUUAUGGGAACCCCUUCGCAGGGCGCUUCGAUGACUGCAAGCCCUGCCCGUGCCCCGGCCGCUCGCCCUGCACCGAGGUGCCGGGCAGCGGGGAGGUGGUGUGCACCCACUGCCCCCCCGGGGCAGAGAGGUGAGCCUGGGGGAAACGCUGCGAGCUGUGCGACGAUGGGUUUUUUGGGGACCCCUUGGGGCAGAGGGGCCCCGUGCGUCCCUGCACCCCCUGCCAGUGUCACGGGAACGUGGACCCCAACGCCGUGGGGAACUGCGACACCGAGUCCGGCCGGUGCCUGCGCUGCCUGCACAACACGAUGGGCGAGCACUGCCAGGCGUGUCGGCCGGGCUUCUACGGGAACGCGCUGGCCCCCAGCCCCGCCGGGAAGUGUGAGCCUUGCGAUUGCAACCCCAACGGCUCAGCCCUGGGGCCGGACGGCUGCGAUCCCAUCACGGGCCAGUGCCGCUGCCUUCCGCACGUGACGGGCAGGACCUGCGGGCUCUGCCAGCCCGGCUACUACGGGCUGCAGCCCACCGUGGGCUGCAAGAGCUGCCAGUGCCACCCGGCGGGGUCGCGGGACAGCGGGUGCCACGCGCUGACGGGGCAGUGCUCCUGCCAGCCGGGCGUCACGGGGCUGCGCUGUGACAGAUGCGACCACGGCUUCUUCGGAUUCUCUGCCAAGGGCUGCCGAGCCUGCGACUGCUCCCCGCUGGGCUCCGUCACGCCGCAGUGCCACGAGAACAGCACCUGCGUCUGCCGCCCCGGCUUCGUGGGCUACAAGUGUGACCAGUGCCAGGCCAACUUCUUCCCCGACCCGCCGAGCUCCCGCUGCCAGCCGUGCCCCUCCUGCUACGGGCUGGUGAAGGACGGGGCUGACCGGCUGAAGGCGAAGCUGCAGGAGAUGGAGGAAUGGCUGCAGAGCCCAAGCUGUGACGUCCACCCGGGGCAGUCCCUGGGGCUGGGAGAUGCGCCCAGGGGAGAUGGGCUGCCCGGCAGGCACCUCCUGCAAGGUGCCCGGGCCGCGCUCUCCGUGCAGGUGGGGCGGCUGGCGGGGGUGCUGAGCGCCGCACGGAGCCGUCUCAGCAACGCCAGCCAGGCCAGCGGCUGCUCCGACCACGGACAUCCCAAGACGUGCGUCCUGCUGUCGGAGAUCGGGGCCGUGCUGCAGUCGGCGCAGCGGGAGGUGCUGCACGCUGCCGACACCCUGGAUGCCACGGAGAUUCCUCAGGAAAUCCCUCCGCAGCCCACCAACUGGAGCCGCCUGGCGCUGGAGGCACGGGUGCUGGCCGAGAGGCACGGGGAAGCCACAGCACAAGUGGAGGUGAUGGUUGGGAGAGCGCUGAAUGUGUCCAAAGCCAGCCACGAGCUCCUGCAGAGCCUGCUGGAGGGGAGAGUGGCGUGGGAGGCACAGCGCGAGCUGGAGGCCGGGUACGAGGAAAUCCAGCGGGUGCAGGAGGAGCUGGGCGCUGGCAUGGUGGAGGUGGCAGCGGAGGCCAGGAGGGCUCUUGCCGCCAUCCAGCAAGCAAACGCAGACAUGGCUGAGAAGCUCCUGCAGGUGGCUGCUCCAGGGCAGCAGGCACUGCUGGCGCAGGCUGGAGCCCUGGCACAGGACCUGGGGGCACUGGAGCAGGCGGUGGGCACGCAGGAGCCGUCGGCACAGCAAGCCAUCGCGGCGUCCCGCACCCUGGCAGCUGGGCUGCGCCGGGACCUGCAGGGGACUCGCGGCUUCACACAGCUGCGGGACCGAGCUGGCUCUGCCCGCAUCCUGGCCACCUCGGCAGUCUCGCGAGGAAAAGCUGCGCUCUCCGGCACGGAGUCCCUCCUGGCCAGCUUGGAAGGCAUGGGGAAGGUGCGUGGGCAUCGGAAGGGCCAGGCUGCCCUGAGCAGGAGGAUGGCACUUGUGCAGGACAGGACGAUGGUGGAGGCCCAGAAGAAGAUCAAACAGGCAGAGAAAAUCCUGGGAAACUCCUUGUCUGUCUCCACCACAGCCAGGAGGACAGCUGGGGAGGCCAAGCAAGUCGCUGGGGAGAGCGCUAAGAGGGCACAGGCUGUGCUGCGGGGCAGCAAGCAGGCUCACAAGCACACCGUGCAGCUUGCCAUGCGCGUCAACGAGACCCAGCGGGAGCUCACCCGGCAGGAGCGCCUGGCUGAGGAGCUCAGGGGGGGCCUGGAGGAAGCAGAGCAGGUGGGGACUGAGGUGAGUGAGAUGGCCAAAAGCCUCCAGGAAGCCCGGGGCUCGCUGAUGGCAGACAUCAAGACCCUGAACGACCUGCUGAGCAGCCUCGGUGACCUGGAGCAGGGCACGCAGGUGGAGGCGGCGCUGGGAGCAGGGAGGCUGCAGCUGGAGCGGCUGCGGCUGCGCCUGGCCGCGCCGGGAGCCCUGGCCGAGCGGCUCAGCCGGCUGCAGCAGGAGGCGGCGCAGCAGCAGGAGAAGAUCCAGGCCUUCGAGAGCGACUUGGCCGAGAUCCGGGCUGACAAGAAGAACCUGGAGGACAUUUUGCGGAGCCUCCCCGAGGGCUGCUCCGAGUGGCAGUGACCGGGCGCUGGCUGGCUGCUCUGACACCCCCCCUGUCACCUCUGUGCCCCCCUGCAAUAGGGCCCGGCAGAGCGAAGGACACCCGCACUCACCAGCACUGCUCCCUCCUGCUGCUCUGCAUGUUGCCCUCGGUACCGUAUCACACCCGGGUCCUUACCCACACUGGUUCUGACUUGGCAUCCCAAGCGCUCUGUGGCAUGACCUUAGCCCCCAGCUCCAUCCCUGGGCCAGGGGACAAAAGAGCCCCCACCAGGGACGCAGCACUCACACUCUCUGACCAGGCAGUGAGUGAAGGACUGUCACAGAUCUCCUCCACGCUAGAUAACCCUCCGUCGCUCCUAGGACAGCAUACCAAGUAUGUAAAGUCCCCAGGCUGUAACAGCCGCUGUCCCUCCUGCCCCAGGAGAUGAGAGGCUCUCACAAACAUGUUGGAAGCUGGUCCUGCUGCACAGCACCCCACAGCAUGAUGCUCGCAGGCUGUGGUCACGGAGGUGUGGAGAGGAAUCAGGACAAUUCUGGGCUGAGACAGGAGCUCCCAGGAGGGCACAAAGCUUGCUGGCUUCCCAGGGCAGGGAGCUCACAGCAGGGAGGGUGAAAGUGGGGCUGAGUAGACGCAAAGCCGGGCUCUUAACCUGGCAGAUGGGGGCAUCCUCUGCCUGUUGCAUCCUGCUCUUCUGCUCCAUGGCGGUUAUCGGUGCUGGACCGGGAGCAGCUGGACACAGCCAGCUCCUGCUGGUGUCACUCCCACAGGGUGGCACAGAGGUCAGUGGCUGUAAAGGCAUCGCCGUGGUUCACCCUGCCACACGUGGGCUGCUCGAUGGGACUGGGCAGGCAGCGGAGCUGGGUUCAGCCCCCCCACCCCCCAUUUGUAGUGCUGGCACAGCAAAAUCACGCCUGUAAGGUCAGAAGCGAGUCCCCAGGCUGGAGCACAGUUCACUUUUUAACUCGCUUUACCUGUGCUCUUCCACACACGGUGCUGGAAACCAGGCUUGCUAAAGUCUUCUGUAACGCUAUCUGUAAAACUGCUGCCACAAACCUUGGACUCUCCCAGUGCCAUCUCCUGUGGGUCCAGGGGUCUGGAAGGGAUUUUCCUACCCGGGCAAACCUAUCUUCCCUCCUACCUCUGCACAAAAGCUGAGCUGGGGUGCCCGAGCUGCAGGAGCGCAGGGGCGGGGGCUCCUCUCCCACGGCCCGGUGCCAGCUCUGCAAAAGCAAAACCACGCAGCAGCGAGAGCAGCGUGAUGCGGCUUGGCCGAGAGGCAGGGAGCCGCAGCCACUUACCGUCUCCCUGGGAAGACAAUUACAUGCCACCGAUCAACACACAAACUUGCUGCUGUUACAGAAAUGUCAAGCCUCUGCCUCUUGCGUGUGCUGCUGAGAACGCGGUUCAUCCUCCCUCCUGCUCUUCCUGGAAAUGACUUUUUUUUUUUCUCUUUUUUAAGCUGGUGACACCUGCCUAGAGCUGUAUCCACUAAAAAUUCUUAAUAUAAUACAUCGCUGCCCAUCCA